AUGGUACUUGGGCCUGAGAUGGUCGAGGAUAUGGUGAAACAAGUGAAGUUGAUCCAAGAGAAGAUAAAAGUAGCCCAAGAUCGACAGAAAAGUUAUGCUGAUUUGAAAAGGAGGGAGGAGGAAUAUGAAGUAGGAGAGAAAGUCUUGUUGAAAAUUUCACCCAUGAAAGGUGUGAUGAGGUUUGGAAAGAAGGGAAAGCUGAGCACAAAGUACAUAGAUCCAUAUGAGAUCAUCCAGAAAGUGGGGAAAGUGGCAUAUAAGUUGGAUUUGCCAAAUGAGCUGGAAAGGGUUCACAAUGUGUUCCACGUGAGUCAAAUUCGAAAGUAUAUACCUGAUAUGACACAUGUGUUUCAACCAGAAAUCAUUGAGAUGGAUGAGAAUUUGACCUAUGAGGAAAGACCAGUAAGGAUUCUGGAUUCUAAAGUGAGAAGUACAAGGAAUAAGGAUGUGAGUAUUGUGAAAGUGUUGUGGUCGAAUCAGAGGGGAGGCUACAUGGGAAGCUGA